AUGCAAGCGAGGAAAGAAAUAAUGGCGAAUUUCAGUGAAAAGCAGACGAUAGCGAAAGCUUUUUCUUUUUUUUUAUUCUUCAUUUCUUUUUUCUUCUUUUUCUUCUUCAUUUCUUUUUUAUUCUCCUUUUCUUCAUUUUUUCUACUUCUUUUUCUUUUCUUUUUUUUUUUUUUUUCUUCUUUUUUUUUUUUCUUCUUCUUUGUUACAUCCGUGUUUCUCAUUUAUUUCUCUUCUUCAUUUCCUUUUCAUGACUUCUUCAUUUAUUCGAGUAUUUAUUUAUCCUUAUUUCCUUCUUGGGUUUUAUUCGUAAUUUCUUCUUGUUGUCUAUUUCAUCCUCGCUCCUUCUUUUUCCUAUCUUCUUCGUUAUUUAAUUCAUUCAUCGUCAGGAUUAUGAUCAUCAUUAUCAUCAUUCCCUUUUUUUCUUCUUCUUCUUCUGGUUAUUACUCGAGGUUUUCUUCUUUUUCUUCUUUUUUUCAUUCUGGCACCUCAUUCAUUAUUUUCCUUCUCAUCUUUUCCUUUUCUAAUUUUCUUUACGUCUUUCUACUCAGACAUUCUUCUUUUUCUCCCAAUUUGCAUGGCCGUUUCUCAAGUAAUGACGUUUUUUUUUUUACUUUCUUUCCAUUAAUUUAUUCCUGUGCUUCAUUCGUCAUUUCUUCUACUUGUCUAUUUUAUUCUCACUAUUUUUCUCUUCUAAUUUAUUCUAUUAUUUCUCUCGUUCUUUUCUUCCUCUUCUUCUUCUUCUUCUUCUUCUUCUUCGUACUUGUUUCUUAUUUUAUUUUAUUCAUUUCUUUUUCAUAA